UUUUUAUACACAUUGUAAACACAACUUUAACUUAUCUUUAUAGAAUGAGGACUAAACGAAGCCAACGUAAACCAAUCAUAUUUGGCAACUGUAAAGAAGUUUUACAGACGGUUAUAAUGAUUUAUUUAGCUGCAAAUCUCGUUUUUGGGAAAGAAGAGUCUGAAUUUUGUAAAAGAGGAUGGUCUGAAUUUGUUGAAGACAGAAAGCAAUGGGAAAGAGAAUGUUUAAAUGACGAUGAUAUUAAAAUAUCACAGUGUUGUAACGAGACAUUUCACUAUCUUGAUGAAAGAUUUAAUGACAACAUAAAGUUGUGUCCCAUUGUUGAGGGCAAAUGCACAUGUCAUUUUCAAGAGCAAGGAAUAGACCGCGUGUUACUUACAGUAAUUUGUCAGAUCCAGUAUUUUGGAUGA